GUAUUAGUCAUAAUCACUGCCCGACCUUAGCACAGCAUAUGUACUGCGCUUUAAACUGAUAGUUAUUAGUCGCCGUACUAAAAGAGAUGACGCUGAAUCAAUGACAGGAUGCUACUGGAUACUAUCUUUGGAAAAUUGGAAUAAUUAUCAUGCUUGGUGUACUAUUUUUUAGCUUCUUGUUUGUUCUGCAUAGCAACGCCUACGAAAUUGAAUUCUCUCCUGCAGAAAUUCAGGUACAAGUUGCAAAAAAUGCAACCACUAAUUUGUUAGUAAAAACGAAAAUAGAACAAGGAGCACAAGUGGAAUUUCUAUACGUUAAAGCAGAAAAGAGACCCUUAAAAUGUUUACCUCCCUCCUCAAUUAUAUCACAAAUAAAAAAUUUUCAGUGGAAAAAUAGUUCUAUAAGGGAAAAGACUAUUCAAAUAACUGGCAACAGAGUCGGAAGGAUUUAUGUAACAAUCAAUGCAACUAAGUUAGAUCUUCAAAAGACAGAUAUUAACUUUGUAAAAGUUUCAGUGAUACAUAGCUCAGUUCUCUCUAUAUUCAAUGCUAUAAUAGGAUGGCUUUACUUUUUAGCUUGGUCAGUCUCUUUUUAUCCUCAAAUCUAUUCCAAUUUUGUUAGAAAAAGCGUGGUUGGUUUAAAUUUUGACUUUGUAUCAUUUAAUCUUCUUGGUUUUUUCUGCUAUUCCAUGUUUAAUAUAGGCUUAUAUUGGAUUCCAACUGUUAAGAAGGAAUAUUUCCUAGCUCAUCCACUUGGUGUUAAUCCUGUUCUAUUAAAUGAUGUUGUGUUCGCUUUACAUGCCGUAGUCGCAACCACUAUAACCGUAACUCAAUGCCUAAUCUAUUAUAGAGGAGAUCAGCGAAUAUCUAAGACUGCCCUCGUAAUACUCUCUCUUACUAGUGUAGCAUUAGUUAUUAGUCUAUUUGUAGCUGUUGGAGGUAAAAUAACUUGGUUGGUUUACCUCCAAAUAUUUUCCUAUGUAAAAUUAGUAGUUACUCUCAUCAAAUAUAUUCCACAAGCUUGGAUGAACUUUCGCCGGAAAAGUACAGACGGUUGGAGUAUUGGUAAUGUUUUGUUAGAUUUUACUGGCGGUUCCCUAAGCAUCUUACAAAUGUUCCUGCAAUCGUACAACAAUAACGAUUGGACAACUAUAUUUGGAGAUUUUACCAAGUUUGGUCUAGGAUUAUUUUCUGUGCUAUUUGACUGUCUAUUUAUAGUUCAACAUUAUAUUCUGUAUAAAGCUACAGAAGGUUAUGCGAAUAUAGAGAGCGAGCAGGAGCUACUUUCUGAAGACUAA